AGGAUGUACUUUGAGAACAAGACAAAGUUGAUAUUUGGGCCGGUGGAUGAAGAACCAGAGUUGUUCAUUAGCAAGCUCCAAGCCAUUUCAAACCUCACGAUUGGGUGUUUCGAGUCCAAUGCCUUCAGUGAGGAUGAUGGCCCUCCUGAAUGGCGUCUUUCUGACUUAUUCAAUGCCAAUAAGUUGCCUAAGAGUAAGUCUAAAGCACCUGGGAAAGUGACCCAUUCAAAGAAUAAGAAGAAAAAGAGUGAAAUCAUUAAGCAGAAUGAAUUCAGGUAUGGCAUCGAUGUUGAAGAGGAAAACAAUGACCUCUACUCAGACAUGUACCUCGAACCAGAAGAAGACUUCAACCUUUUGGAUGAUAAGAUUACUAUGGAAGAGAAAGAAAAAUUCUACUUUGGCUCUAAGGCCAAAGCCAAGUUCUGGGAGCUAUACAAAAGCGGCAGGGUGUUUAAGGAUAAUAUGGGCAGUGAUGUCCAAGACCCCAGAUUCGCCUAUUUGAAAGACUGUUAUACUAACGGUAUGCUGCCAAAGGUGGGACUUGCGAUUCGAGGAGAGAAGACAACCCAUCUUUCUUUUGCUAAUCAAAGCUUAUUGCAGAAGAAUACAAAAGCAGUUUGAGAAUCGUUAAAAAGGUACCCUUUGGAGAUUCAUGCAUUGGACUUCACUGGAAAUGGGAUUAAAGGCAAGGAAUGAAGCAUGAUUUGAGAAUCAAUUGACUCUCAUCUCACAACCCUUCUACAUCUCAAUUUUUCGAAUAACAAGAUUGGAGCUGAAGGAGCUGAAGCCUUAUGUGAGAAAAUGAGGAAUAUGAAGAAUCUUGAAUCUCUCAAUCUCAAAGGUAAUUUAUUAGGCGAUGAUAUUUGAGGAGAAGUUAUGAAGGCCAUAAAUGGCCUACUCAAUGUAAAAUCUCUCAGUUUUGCUGAUAAUGCCCUUGGGAACAAAAUUACUGAGUCAGAAUUCAUUGAGCAACUUUGAUUAUUUCUAAAAACAACCAAUACUCUCACUUCUCUUGAUUUAAGCUGGAAUAAUUUCAGAGGUGCUGGAGCAAAUACACUUUUGGAAUCGUUUAAGGAGAACUACUCCUUAAAAAUUUUGAAUCUCUCGUACAACCUCUUCGGAGUAGCGGGAGGAGAUAGUGCUCCAUCAAUAGUAAAGUUUGUAGAAGUAAUACAAGAGAAUCACGUUCUUGAAGAGGUAGAUCUCUCGAACAACUUGCUAGACUCAAAUGCAGCCUUCUAUCUCUCGCAAGGACUCAAGACUAAUACUACAUUAAAGUCUUUUCAGAUAAGUGGCAAUCCACUAGGCAGUACUGGAGUAAAGUAUCUAUUCCAAUCUCUCAAUGAGAAUAAGGAAGGAAAGAUAAAGAACCUUGAACUGAAAAACACUGAUACUAUUAUUCAGGAUAAACGAACAGUAUUUGACCCAACAAAUUUUGAAAAAGACUACCGGCUUGACUUGAGCCAGAUCAAAGAUAGAGCAAUUUUAUACCAUUUAUUGGACAUUGAUGAAAAAAUGAUGUCAAACUCUUCAGAAGAGGUACCAAGACAACAAGGUGAAUGAUUCCAACAUGCUAGACUUGGAAGUUCAUCGUGGACUCCGCCUAAGGAAAAAGAUAAUGAUGGUAAAUGGAAUCUCGGAGAGGACCCAAAGGAUAUACUAACGUUUAAAUUUACUCUCAAUCCCUCUCAAAAGACUAAUGAAGAGAGUGAGGAAGCUCCUGGAGGUACCUCAGUUGAUCCUGCUAGUCUUCAGAAACCUUUAAUUCCAGAUGAAGUUUUGGAAAAAUAACAUUGAUUUCAUCAUGAGGCUAAAAGAAGAAGAUAAUACUUCAUGAACAAAAGAAUUAAUUGAUACAAUAAGUCAAGAAUACACCCUGACUUAUCUCCAAGCUAGGGAGUUCAUGAACUGUUUAGAUGAUGAUUAUAAGAUCUAUGCUUGUUCUGUCCUCUAUAACAGGAUCAUAAAUCGCCAUUUCAAGCAAGAUAUCUUACAAUGACUUCAGAAUAACGAUACCAAAAUCUCAGUCAUGAGACAUCUUGGGCAAGCGUUUAAUUUCAGAUACUACAAUCCUACAGGACAUUAUAAGCUAAAACUCAGCAAUAGAGCUGAAAGAGAGGUCGCCUUGACUCUGCUAAUGCUGAAUAAAUAAGUACUCUCAACUAGUCAACCAGGGUAUUAUUUCUGAUAAGUCAAAAAUGGGAAAUAAGUCCUGUUUUAGAAACGAGAAACUAAUCUACAAUAACUCUUCUACCUUUGAAGGCAUUAUUAGCACUGGAGACGCAGACUCCAGUGCUGGAGAUAGCACCAAGAAAGGUCUCCCAUUUAUUUAUAGCGAAGACUUCGUCCUCCCUAAAUAUGGGACACUUGAAUGCGACUUUAUCUACCUUGUGAAUCCUCCUCUCAAGGAAGAAGAGACAUCUGAAGAGAAGCAGGACUUGAUUAAAAACCUAUUACUCGGAAUUGAAGGAGAAACAGAGAAGCAGAUAGCUGCUUUUGUUGCCUUUUCCGAGUACCUAGUCCUCUCCUCAGAACAGCUCUGCAGCUUCAUUGACCUGAUAGAUGACCCAAAAUGGAAAGCUGAAUGCUAUAUAGCAGGUAUUGGAAGAAUCUACGAUACUAGAGAAUAUGAUUUUAUUAAAUAAGAAGUGGAAGUACCCCGAGACCAGUAAGGAUAUCUACAACAGGUUUGGUAUUCUCAACCUGUUUAACCCCUUCAAAUGAACUGGUAGUUACAGACUUGAUCUCGAAAUUUACGAAGAGAAAAUAGUAUGAAAUAUUUUGUUAGAGAUGGCCAAAGCAGAAGGGUUCCAGUAUAUGACAAAUGUCUCCCUGGAUGGAACCCCUUAUGAAGAAAUCGACAAGAAAUUUGUGGAUAACCUCCCUAAGACUGGUAUCUUUGAAGGAUCAUACGUUGCUCCUGACGACGCAGCAGAUAUUGAAUUCAGGGAGAAAAUAGGAAGAAAGUAUCUAGGAUGGAGUCCUGAAGAUGUAUAAAAUUCAAUUUAGA